GCUAAAAAACUUUUCAAUGAAAAUUGAUGCAGGUCAGACCAUAGCCAUUGUGGGUCCAAGUGGAUCGGGGAAGAGCACUGUCAUCCAGCUGCUCCAACGUUUCUACGAUCCAAUUGAGGGCCAAGUACUGAUUGAUGGCCACGACAUUCGGGAAUUCGACCUUAAGUGGAUGAGACGUCAGUUUGGAGUAGUCUCCCAAGAACCUGUGCUUUUUGCAGCCACAGUCAAGGAGAAUAUUGAGUUGGGACGUGAAGGUUCCACCUUUGAGGAAAUUGAAAAUGCCGCAAAGCUCGCAGAUGCGCAUGACUUUAUUAUUAAAAUGCAAGAAGAAUACGAAACGAUGAUCGGUGAAGGAGGUGGUGGCAUGUCAGGCGGACAGAAGCAGCGUUUGGCGAUUGCCCGAGCUCUGUUGCGAAAUCCACGGAUUUUGUUGCUGGACGAGGCGACCUCGGCGCUGGAUACCCACUCCGAGAGGGCGGUGCAGGAUGCGUUGGACAGAGCUGGUGUCGGACGGACUGUCAUCAUGGUGGCACAUCGACUCACCACUGUGCGCAACGCUGACUGCAUCCUUGUGGUCGACAGAGGUGUGGUGAGAGAAUCGGGCACCCACGAUGAACUCGUUGCUCUCAAUGGCAUCUAUGCACACAUGCUGUCAUCUCAGGAGAAGAAGAAGGAGGAAAGCGAAUCAGAGAGUGAGCCAGAGGAGGCGGUGACGCAACAGAAGCCUUCGAAGCAUCCAGGCGUGUGGAAACGCACCUCACGAGAGGCUGAGACUGAGAGCAUCGCGUCUAGUACCAACAUCAGUGGCAUGUCCAUCUCCCCGUCUGUGGACAUAUUUUCACCGGCGGAGGAGGAUAAAUUGGGCAAAACCGUGUUUGUUGGAAGUAUGAUGGCGGUGUUGGGUCUCGUACGCCUUGUCACUCAACUAGCAUCAAACUCUGCACUCGGCUGGGCUGGUGCCAAACUCACACAAAGAACUCGAGGUCUCCUUUUCAACGCCAUAAUUAGGCAGGAACCGGGAUGGUUUGAUGAGAUUGCCAAUCAGCCCGGUGUUUUGACAGCUCGACUCGCCACAGAGGUGUCAAGUCUGGAGACUGUAACAGGCGCCCAACUGGGUACAAUUAUGGAAUCCAUCUGCCUGAUUAUCGCCUCCCUUGUGAUCACCUUCAUGUACAGUUGGCAGCUUACUCUUGUCAAUGUCUGCUUCCUGCCUAUCAUGGUCGCAAGUAGUGCACUUCAGGUAAAAAACCGAACCUUCUUCAUUCCGUUGCCUUGUUUGUCUAAGCUGUAA